AUAAGGAAAGGAAACACGAGAUUCAAAGUUGGGACAAGAAUCGUGCUUGAAAAGACAUAUGUUUGUUCAGCAGCAGGAGUAACAAACAAUGGAAAGAACAAAAAGAAAAAAGUGCAAACAGUUGUUCCUGUAGUGCCCAAAAAAGAGAGAAAACCAAGGCAAGUUUCGAUCACGAGAACUCAAUGUAGGGCUUGCUUGAGAGUGAAAAUGAAUUCUGAAGGCAGAUAUGAGGUUGUUAAUCACGUGAUAAUGCACAACCAUGAUUUAACUAGAAGUCAAUGGCACUACUUGCAUAGAUCUGAAAGGCAAAUAACGGAAGAGAAGAGGGAGGCAAUUGAAACUAUGCAAAAAUCUGGUCUGUCAUCCACGGCUUCCUUUAACUACAUGGCAAUUGAAGCUGGAGGUGAAGAAAAUUUAGGACACUCGAAGAAAGACCAUCUAAAUUACUGCACGAGGUUAAAAAUGAAGCAAAUAGAAGGAGGUGAUGCACAAGCAGUAACUGACAUAAUGUAUUAAGAGCUUGAAGGUGACCCAAACUUCUUUUUUAGAUUUAGAUUGGAUGAAAAAGGCAAAUUGAGGAGUUUGUUUUGGAGGGACUCUAUGAUGAUGGAAGACUAUGGAAUUUUCGGAGAUAUAGUGGUUUUUGACACAACCUAUAGAACAAACAGGUAUAACCUAAUUUGUGCUCCAAUAGUUGGAAUAAACAACCACUGGAACAAUUGCAUGUUUGGUUGUGCAUUCAUAGGAGAUGAAAAGAUUGAGUCGUUUGUGUGGCUUCUACAAACUUUCAAAAAGUCAAUGGGAGGAAAAAGUCCAAUAUCAAUCUUUACAGAUCAAGA